AUGACUGGAAACACACCGACUUUACCACCAGCAAAGCCGGAAAAAGCACUGCCGAGAGUUACGCCUGUGCCAUUACCGACGAUUCCAGGGCAACCAUCGCUUAGAGCAGCGGAAUGUGUUCCAAAGGCGCAAACAGUACAGACAAAACCAGAUACAAAGGCUGCAACCGCGGCACAGGCUCAAGCAGCAGCUGAACAACAGCAGCUAAAACAGCAACAGGCAGAGCAACAGGCAAGGAAACAGGCACACCUAGCAAGCCAGCAGCAAGCACAACAUCAGCAGCAACGCAAUAUGGGUUGGUCGCUCCAAUCGCCCAUCCUAUUUCGAGUGGGCGAGCAGGUGUGGUUUCAAAACGGCAAUACGUGGCGCUUAGGCAUUAUCGCUUCGCAGAAUCUGCAGCAGCCCGGUGUUCACGAACUGCUACCUUUGGGUAGUGCUAUGAUUCCGCAGCAAAGCGUUGCCAAGAAGGACAAAGAUAUGCGGCCGUUCCAGGCGUUCAGUGUGCCUCCCGUGGCGAUCAAGGACCUGAACGACAAGAUAUUUGACGAGGUGCUAUGGGCUGACAAGUUCCGCGAGUUUGGAGCAGACCCUUCCAAGCGAGACUUACUUCUGCUUGACGCGUCUAAGAUGGCGGCGUCCAAAGUGGACUGGUCCAACUCGCUGUGGUCGGCAACGUCGGAGGAUGUGCAGGCCAAGACGAUUACGUACUACGGAUGCUUCCUCGGCGCCGAGCGCAUGGAGGUCGGCGACUGCUUGCGAGUGCGAAACCUACCGGUGGAGCUUAGCAUCGUAUCUGAGGACCUGGUCGUGAUGGGGCUGCGCGUUAUCUACACGUCGGGCGACCUCCCGGGCGCCGUCUUCUUCCGCGGCACUCUAUACCAACGUGCCGACCCGGGGGCGGACCCGUCGACGCUGGUGUCCGUGGAGCAACUGCCCGUUGCCCUGCGUGACGAGUCGCGUUGGCGGAGCCAGGCGCAGCCAGGGGCCUUUUACGGCUGGGUCGUCGUGGGCGAAGGGGUGCGGCUCAAGGAGAAAUCGAUCCGCGGUCGGUUUUAUCCGACGCAUCGGGUGAUGCCUAUCCUCAACCCGGCCGCCUUCGAGGCUGCGGUGGCCCGCCGGCAGAUUGAGGACCAGCAUCCGUACCUCAACAGCCGCAUGGACGGCGCGGGGCGCUACAUCGGCCGCAAGCUCAACAGGCUGGAGACGCUGGGAUCAAGCGUGCCGGUGGGCGUGAGGUUGAACCUCGAGCCAUUUGUGCGGGAGGAGAUGAGGAGGGUGUGA